UCCUGUACGCCCGCCCGCUGGGAAAACGCGCUGCACCCGAGCGCGAGAGGGAGAGCGCGCCAAUGUGACAGCUGAAAAAAAUAAAACAGCGACGCGCACACGUACACGCACACGCGCAGCCACACACGCUAGCACUGACGCGCAGGGACGUGCACACCCGCGUACUGACACACGGAGGCGCACACGCACCCGCAGAAACAUGCGGCGCGGCGCCUAGGCGGCCCCCAGGCCGGGAGCUCACAUCGAACGGCGGGCGAGCCAGGCCAUUCUCCGUGAGUACUCAGACGACACGUACUUAACGAAGGCCGCUUUGAAGGCGGACAGACAGAAAGGGGAGCUCGGCCUGCCGACACCGUUUACUGGGUCUGCUUUUAGGUAGCUGGGGAGCUGUGCUUUUUGCGACGGAUGACACUAUGCAUAGCUGGUGCUGCUGGAUGCUUAGCAUGCUAGCUCGCUAGCUAAGCCUACUCUGUAGCCAGCCAGCUGCCUGGACGAAGCGUGCAGGGUAGCUGUGGCUAAAACCGCACAGAAAUCUUGCUGCCUUUGCUCACUUGGCACGUGCAGCUUUAUUUCCAAUAUGCUGUCUUAAAUAUGCUGCGGAAGAAGCCACAAUUAUAAUAGGACUGGUUUAACAGUUAAACAACUGUCCUUGGAGGCAAAUCGUGUAUGCGUGUCUCAGUGGUGCAUGCACUGAAUGAGUAGGAAUAAGAUCACUUGUCUUCAUGUCGUGACAUGCGUCGCUCGUGUCAUAUUUUCCCACAUCCAUUCGAUUCGUUCUUGUGGUUAAUACUUCUUGUAUUCCCAAACAUGGACACACUGACCUAAUUUUCCAUGCCUUCAGGAGAUAGACAUUGGUACAGCGUGAAAGCCAGUCAGCUGGUAAAGCCUCACUUGAAAAUUUUCCAAACCUUUCAUAAUCGGAGUGUCGUUUUUUGUUGAUUUGGGGCCACUACCAAAGUCAAUUUGAAAAUAGCUGUUGCCUCUGAAGGAGUUUCCAAAAGGGGAUGUGGUGAUCAUCCCAUCAUUACUGAAUCCAUUCAGUGGUUUUGAUGGUGCGUUCUCGACCGCCGCUGUCCCCACUGUCUGCUGACAGACAGAUUGUUAGGGUCUGAUCCGAAACGAUAAAUGUAGGAAUCAUAUAGAUUGUACAUGCCCAUGGUUCAUAGUGCGUGUUAGGGAGAAAAGACGAAACAAAACAUGGAACGUCUGAGUCUUGGGCAGUGUUGUGUUUUGAUUGAGUGGAUGGAAACCUAAACCCUUAUUAGUAUAGAAAUGCAGAAAUAAUUCUGAUUAGCCACUAGGGAAGCAUACACGAUUUGUCGCUAUGUUUACACGUGCCCUGUGUGUGUGGGUGUGUGUCAGAUAUAUAUUAUAUUGUGGGGACCAAAUGUCUCCACAAUGUAAAAAAAAAACCUAUUGUUUUUGACAUUGUGGGGACCAUUUUUUGGUCUCCACCAGGGGGAAUUCAGGUUUUUAAAAGUCUGUGACUGCAGACGAAAAACUAAAUAUGCCAAAAGUCUUGUAUUUUGCUUGGUCAUGAAAAUGGUUAAGGGUAGGGCAGAGUAGGGGUGAGGUUGACAUUGUUGGGAUUAGGGUUUUGGCUAUAGAAAUGAAUGGGCGGUCCCCACAAAGAUGAAUGUGUGUGUGUGUGUGUGUGUGUGUGUGUGUGUGUGUGUGUGUGUGUGUGUGUGUGUGUGUGUGUGUGUGUGUGUGUGAGAGAGAGAGAGAGAGAGAAGGAGGAGAUUAAUGCUAUGGGAUCUGAAACACUCAGUAUUGAGGUGAUAUUCUAUAAUUGAGCUAUAAAUGUCUCUGAUAUGGCGGCACAGUGGCGCAGUGGUUAGUGCUGCUGCCUCACAGCAGGAAGGUCCUGGGUUUGGUUCCGGGUCCUUUCUGUGUGGAGUUUGCACAGGUUUCUGCUGGGGUCGCCAGUUUCCUCCCAUGGUCCAAAAGCAUGUGGGGCAGGUUUAUUGGCGAGUUUAAGUUGGUCCUGUGAGUGUGUGCGUCAUGCAGUGUGUCAGGGUUGGCUCCUGCCUGCACCCAUUGUUCCCGGGAUAGGUUCCCCCCCGCAACCCCAGUUUUGAUUAAGCGGUUAGAUAGAUGUCAUUGAUAUAAAAUGUACUGAAGUGGUGCUGUGCAGUGGCUGACCUUUUGUGAAUAUGCCUGUCUGUGCAGUGGCUGACCUUUUGUGAAUACGCCUGUCUGUACAGUGGCUGACCUUUUGUGAAUACGCCUGUCUGUACAGUGGCUGACCUUUUGUGUAUACGCCUGUGCAGUGGCUGACCUUUUGUGAAUAUGCCUGUCUGUACAGUGGCUGACCUUUUGUGAAUAUGCCUGUCUGUACAGUGGCUGACUUUUUGUGAAUACGCCUGUCUGUACAGUGGCUGACCUUUUGUGUAUACGCCUGUUCAGUGGCUGACCUUUUGUGAAUAUGCCUGUCUGUACAGUGACUGACCUUUUGUCUAUAAGCUUGUCUGUACAGUGGCUGACCUUUUGUCUAUACGCUUGUCUGUACUGUGGCUGACCUUUUGUCUAUACGCUUGUCUGUACAGUGGCUGACCUUUUGUCUAUACUCCUGUCUGUACAGUGGCUGACCUUUUGUCUAUACGCCUCUCUGUACAGUGGCUGGCUUUUUGUGUAUACGCCUGUCUGUGCAGUGGUUGACCUUUUGUGUAUACACCUGUCUGUGCAGUGGCUGACCUUUUGUCUAUACGCCUGUCUGUACAGUGGCUGACCUUUUGUCUAUACGCCUGUCUGUACAGUGGCUGGCUUUUUGUGUAUACGCCUGUCUGUGCAGUGGUUGACCUUUUGUGUAUACGCCUGUCUGUGCAGUGGCUGACCCUUUGUCUGUACGCCAGUCUGUGCAGUGGCUGACCCUUUGUCUGUACGCCAGUCUGUGCAGUGGCUGACCCUUUGUCUGUACGCCAGUCUGUGCAGUGGCUGACCCUUUGUCUGUACGCCAGUCUGUGCAGUGGCUGACCCUUUGUCUGUACGCCAGUCUGUGCAGUGGCUGACCCUUUGUCUAUACGCCUGUCUGUGCAGUGGCUCUGGAGCCUUGUGCUAUGUAGACCACCAGCACGCCAGUGGGUAGGUGGACUGUGGCCUUAGGGGACCAUGGAGCUGGCAGAGUGUUCCCCUUCCCCCAGCAGUGCCCCGGGUCAGAUGACGGUUCCCGGACCUUCCCUCUCACCCUUGGCACAGGACCUGGCACCUCCUGCAAGUGUUGGCUGCACCUUACAGAGUUCCUUUUCUCCAGUAACAAGGGAGGAACCGAAUGACAGCGGCGGAGUAACUGGCAACAGUGAGGAAGGGAGAGGUGGCGCCCCCUUUGGGCCUGAAGAAGACGGGACGUCACAGAAGAGUCUCCGGCCCUCAGCCUUCCUGUCCUCCCAGGCCUGGGACUCCGACUCGGAGAAGGAAAUGCUCGAGGAGGAGCUGCAGCACUUUUCGAACCCUCACGGUCUGGCAGCUCACAGCCCUGGGCCCAUGCUGCAGUCCCCUUCCUCGGCAACCCAGCAAGACAGAACCAUGGGGGAGACGGACGAAGUGUCUGAGGGGCAAGAGCACGUAACCCCGGAGGAUGCAGAGAGGUGGGACCGGGCCGGUCCAGGCCCACGGUGUGACGAGUCAAAAACAGGACAGCCCGGAUCACCAGACUCGGAGGAAGACGGCGUCAGGCAGGGAGUGACCGCACAGCCUGCUGAGCCGCUACCAUCCAAAGCUAAACCAAAGGAGGUGCGGAUGAAGGGGCCCAGGAACAGCGAGAAGCAGAGGGAGGAGGCGGCAACGCUGGACGUGUACAGCUUCCCCGGGGACUCGGACCCCGAAAGCCCCCCACCGGCACCCUGGGCCCACUGCACCUUCACCCAGCGCCGGAGGAGGAAGCGGGCUUUACUGAGGCCUUUCUCGGGCCUUGGAUCGCCUCACCGCGUGACACCAGGGGCGGGAAGGCGGGCCAAAGGCCGGGAGGGGGCGGGGCUCGCCCUGGAAAGCAGGCCCCUCAGGAUUGCGGAAGAGGGACAGGGUGGCGGCAUGGGGGGCGCCGCUGAGGAGGUGGAGAUGGUGGAGAGCAAAGAUGCGCCGGAUCAGGACGUCUUCACGUGCGUGGAAUGUAGCAUCUACUUCAAGAAGCAGGUUCACCUGCGGGAGCACAUGCAGCAGCACUGCCAAAGCGGGGGGCGGGGCCGGUGGGCACCAGAGGGGGCAGGCGCGGGCCUGGGGUGCAGCGAGUGCGGCUGGGAGCUGGAGGACAGUGUGGCGUUGGAGGAGCACCGGAGGCAGCACCAGGAGUCACGCAAGAAGAUCCUAGAGGAGAUCAGCAAGCUGGACGAGGAGGGGGUGAAGGGCACGGGUAUGGCACAGAGGGGCCCCGAUCACAGUGACAGCCAGCAGGAAAGGGGCCCACAGCCCCGCCCCAUGGGGGGUCACAGGGGCCUAUCUUCCUCCCUGUCCUCGGAUGUGGCCCUUAGCCGGUCAGCGCGUGCGGACAUGUGGGCCAAAAGCUCGGAGGAGGAGGACUACCCAGGGACCAGCAAAGACCUGCUCAAUCCCACCCACCCUCCUAUCACCCCUGGCAACAGCACUGGGCCCCCAUCCCUCUCUGCGGCUGCGGCCACCCAUCGGACGGGUUUGGCCGGCCGCAAAGCGGGGCUCUCCACCAAAGGCAGCUCCCAGCUGUUCCCGGCCCCCCGGAGUGCAGCCCCUGGGCUUUGCCGCAGGGACGUGGCGUUCAAGAGCAUUGGGAACAGAAGGGGAGGGAGAAGAGGGGACGAUCGGACGAGGGCAGCCGCUGUCACGCCAAAGCCUGAACUGUCAGCUUACGAGUUGGGAGAUUCGCAGAAACAGGACCAAACUGUGGGGUCUGAGGGCUCCGAGAUGGCCUCAGAGGGGCCACUGUCUGCCCCUAGCGCACUUUGGCUCCCAGACUCUGUGCAGGUGCCCACCUCGGCCGUGCGGCUGAAGCGCACUUUCUCUGACAGCCUCCGGGUGGCGGCAGAGAGCCCGGAGCUCACUGGGAGUCAGCAGUACCAGCUCAGGCAUGCGGUUCCCCUCGUGCUCAUUGAGUCUCUCCACUUCAGCCCUCCACCUUGCUUCUCUGGCGCCAGCCUUAAGAUGAGCAGCAGGGCGAUUGGCAAAUCCUCUCUGCUGGUGAAGGAUGUCUUUACCUUUUCCCUGAAAAAUAAGGGUAAAGAAGCCAAUGAUGACGAAGAGGAGGAGGAGGAGGAGGAUGAUGAUGAUGAUGAUGAGGAGGAGGAGGUUGACCACGAGUUUAAUGAUGACGAUGAAGAGAAUAUGUUUUUGUCAGACGAGACACUGGGAGAGGAGGCAGGGAUGUUGAAGAACGUAGAGAGGAAGUGUCCAUACUGCCCUGAUCGCUUUCACAACGGCAUCGGCCUGGCCAAUCACGUGCGGGGCCACCUCAAUCGCGUCGGUGUCAGUUACAACGUCCGGCACUUCAUCUCCCCGGAGGAGGUCAAUGCCAUCGAGAGGAAGUUCUCAUACCAGAAAAAGAGGAAGAAAGUGGCCAACUUCGACCCAGACACCUUCAGCCUCAUGCGCUGCGAGUUCUGCAGCGCUGGGUUCGACACGCGCGCCGGCCUGUCCAGCCACGCGCGUGCACACCUGCGUGAUUUCGGGAUCACCAACUGGGAGGUCACUGUCUCGCCCAUCAACAUCCUGCGGGAGCUCUUCUCCAGCCGCCCGGACCUGACACUCCCGACCGGGCCCCCUCGAAGCUCGCCUGUCUAUGGCCCCGACCUGGAGGAUGACUGGGACAUGCCAGGGGUCAGUGGGAUUGGCGCCAUGGACAGUGCACUGUCAUCUUUGUCGCCAUCCCCGACCCUACCAACAGCACAAGUGGAAGGUGGAGAAGACGACCAGAUGCCAGAUGCGGAGGAUGAUGCGACCGGGCUUCCCGGGAGCAGGAGUGCAGCCCCCUCGGACCUCGGGACUACGGACACCCCGUCGCCUGAGGACCCUGAUGACAAAUCCGAGAGCGCCGGCAGCCUGCUGAAAUGCGAAGUGUGCGCCGCCCCCUUCGAGACGCGGCGGGGCCUGUCCAGCCACGCCCGCUCACACCUGCGGCAGCUGGGUGUGGGCGUAUCGGAGAGCAGCGGGGCACCCAUCGACCUGCUCUACCAGCUCAUCAAGGAGCGCGAUGGACGCUUCUCCCCUCUCCCCACCCCGCCGUCCGUGGCCAAGAAAAGUCACGGCGGGGGUUCUGUGCCACGGAAAGAAGCCACGGGAGGAGUAGCGUCUGGCAAGGGGCCCGUCUCUGAGCCCAGAGCCGCCCUCUUCUCCCCACUGGUCCCCGGUGACAGAGCACCGCCCUCUGGGGCCCGGGCCUCCUCACCAAUGGUGUUUGCUAAGUCCCGCUCAGCAUCCCCCGUGUUGCGGAAAGCCCCCAUCUCCUCCCUGCUCCCUACCUCCUCCCCCCUGCGCUCCCUGGAGUCCAAACCUGGCCCUGUGAAGUCCCCCUCUGCCUCCAUUGCCUCCCCGGCCUCUACCAAGCCUUUUUGGGCCCCACAGGAGACGGACGCCCCCCUGAACCUAACCUCCGUUGAAGGGGAAUCCAACAAGGACAUCGUGUGCCAGCUGUGUGGGGCCUGGUUCGAGACACGCAAGGGCCUGUCCAGCCACGCCAGGGCGCACCUGCGUCACUUCGGGGUGGUGGACGCGGAGACCAAGGGCUCCCCCAUCGACUACCUGAACCAGCUCAUCCACACCGACGACUUCAAGCACAGAGCCAGCGGCCUGCUGCCCAACCUGCUGGAGGUGGCCUCUGCUCCCAGCCUCUCCCCACCUUCCUCCUCCCACUCCACCAAGCGCCUGUCCCUGUCCUCGCCUUCCGGAGGGCUGCACAAGGCCAUCUCGCACGGGCCAAGGAGUCCCCACACCAAGCGGCCCAAGCCUUCGGGACAGGAGAGGGCCGCCCUGCAGGUGUUCCGUCUGAGUGGCAGUGAGCUGUCGCCCCUCACGCAUGGUGAGCCGUCUAAGGAGAUCGGCUGCGAGUUCUGCGGGGAGUACUUCGAGAACCGCAAGGGCCUGUCGAGCCACGCGCGCUCGCACCUGCGCCAGCUGGGCAUCACCGAGUGGUCGGUGAACGGCUCGCCCAUCGACACGCUGCGGGAGCUUAUUGCGCGCCGCGGGCUGCCCUGCGCUCUGCCCCUACGGCCCCUGAAGUCGCCCCCACCUUCACCGAGCUCCCCUCGCUCCCCCCCGCCCAUCUCCCCGUCCUCCCCCAACUCGGGCAAACGCCCACCUUUCGCCCUACCCCAGAGCCACACGCCCACGGCCCGCAAGGUUGGCUCCAUGCUGCCAGCCAAACCAAAGCCCGAGCCAAUGCAGGUGGAGCUGAGCAGACCGGGCCCUGCGGCAGGGGGGGGCAGCUUCAGCGCUGACCCUGUUCCCCCGAGCUGGACCAGUCAUGACACCACCCUGUCCCUCAGCCUCGCGCCGCCUCUGGAUCCGGAGCCGACCCGGGAUAUCCGCUGCGAGUUCUGCGGGGAGUACUUCGAGAACCGCAAGGGCCUGUCGAGCCACGCGCGCUCGCACCUGCGCCAGCUGGGCAUCACCGAGUGGUCGGUGAACGGCUCGCCCAUCGACACGCUGCGGGAGCUCAUGCGCAAGCGGGGCGCCGUCCCCGCAUCUGCUGCUCCAAUCAAGAAGGAGCCUGGGUUUGGGGGCGGGGCCUGGGAGGAGCUGGCCUACCUGCCGCCCAAGUUCUCCCGCAAGUCGCCGCUGACCAUGGUACACCCGGGGCCUCGGUCACUCAAGCACGGGGGGCCCUCCCUUUCCACCGCGCCCUUAAAUGGGAAGGGAGCUGGCUUCGCAGGCGUAUCCUUGCUAGGGAAGAGGCCCCUCCCAGAAGUGCCUCACCCGCUGGAGAAGGCCAAGCCCAAAACAUUCUCACCCUCGCCUCUCGAUUUCUCCUUCAAGGGGAAGUCGUCCCCUGAAAAGUUUGCGGCCGCCACUUCAGUUGACGCCAGCUGUGAGCUGUGCGGCUACUACUUUGAGAACCGCAAGGCCCUGGCGAGCCACGCCCGUGCCCACCUGCGCCAGUUCGGCGUGACCGAGUGGUGCGUCAACGGCUCCCCCAUUGAGACGCUGAGCGCCUGGAUGCGCAGCCGACCGCACAAGGUGGCCGAGAUGCACCGUCGCUACCUGCAGGGCGACCGUCCCUUUCCCAAGAAGAAGUGUGGCUCCGCCUCUGUCACCCCUCUAAGCGCCGACUCCAGGGAUGCCACGUCCUCAGGCCUGCACAAGCCCCCGUCGUCACAUCGGCCCAGCUUGGGGUCGCCCCUGGGCCGGCGGGCAGGUCGUGAGGUCACCAGCGCCCCCUGGGGGGCCAGUGCCUCGCUGCAGCAGGGGUCCCACGGGAUGUCCCGCCAGGCUCUGCCAUCACACUCACAGGUGGCGAGGAGUGAGCUCAAUGUGCGCUCGCCCCGAGGUUUUGAACGUCGCCCCCCAAAGCAUUUAUCCCAUUCUGAAAGCGGCGAGAGGGACAGCCGACCCCCGCAGACCCCCCGCACCAGCACCAUCCCAGCUCUCGUACCAAAGCCCCCCUCCACCCCACUGGUCAAGCUGGUGGGCAAGGUCUACUCUCUGAAGUGCAGGUUCUGCGAGGUGGAGUUCCACGGCCCGUUGUCCGUGCAGGAGGACUGGGUCAGGCAUCUGCAGCAGCACAUCCUGGAGCUCAACUUCAACAAAUCUGAGCCUCCCUCCACCCCCGGCUCGGGUCCCGCCCCCACCCCAGGCCCCGCCCUCACAACCCCGCCCUCGGCCACGCCCCCAGCUCCUGCCCAGGAAAGCAUUCCGGGCGCCUCCACUCCGACCCCAGUCCCCACCUCCAGUCCCACUCCGGUCGCCAGCCCCAUCCCAUCUCCCAGUCCUAGCCCCGCCCUAACCCCUGCCGCGACCCCGACUCCGGUUGCCACCCCCACCCCCACGUCUACCCCUGUCACCACACAGGAAGUGUGAUCCCCACUCCCCCCCCCCACGCUCCUCCCCCCACUUCCUCCAUUAGUCUGUUCCUCUUCCUACUUCUCCUCUUGUAACUACAUAUCAAUUGUGCCAUUAGUUUUAAAUUCACUCUUUUAAAGAAGACAGUCUACGAAGGGGUGCCCCAUUCCUGGACACAAGGCAGAGAGGCUGGAGUUUUCCGUGGCUCGGCAGGGGAUGGGGGGGAGGGCAGAGCUUGGGGUGGAGAGGGGAGCCUGAUAGGAAUUCCCUGCUUCCCUUUUCAGCUCCUUAGUCCUGGGAGGAUUCUUUCUCUUUAGUGGGAUUAUCCGGUGCUGUGGCACAUUCAGACGCAUGUGUUAGCCAGGCACACGGGACGGUGGGCACAGUGCUGCCCAGUCAGCGAGUCUCCAGUGUUGAAGCAGGGGCUCUUCAGCACUCUACCCCCCCCUGUGACGCAGCCCCACCUCCACCCCCUGGCUGGUUAUGCUGUAAGAACUGUGGCUGGGGUCUGAGGUGCAAAGGCCUGUGAGCUCAUUAGUGGGAACAAACGGGCCGACGGCCACGUAUUAGUGACUUGGCACUCUGAACGUGUGGAGCUUUGCUUAUUGCAGCAUAUGAAGCUGAUCUGAAUGUACCUCUCUGCCGGGUGGGGGGGAGGGGGGGGGACUUUGGACGACCCCAGUAAGCACACUGUGACCAAAGAUGCAUCGGACAGCUUGACUGUCGACGAGCUUGGUGUUGACAAAUGGACGCGGACAACCUGAAGACAGAUUUGGGCCCCGUGGUAGAGAGGGCAGAACUCUGGAGAGGUUGGCGCUGAGCUUGGAGCCACGGUUAUAGGAUGCUGCCCGCUCCCGUAUUCUGGCUGCAGGAUCCGCAAGUCCCACAGAGCACAGGGUCGGACUGAACGCGGUCCUGCUCCGCCAGAGCAGAGGCAGGCCUUAGUCCCUCAGUCACUCAGUACGUGCCAAAGAAAGGUGUUUACUCCUGUCCCACAUCCGUAAGCUGUAUGUGCACAAGCAUCUGCAGCGUAGAGUCUGAGCUGCCCAGGUCAUGUGGCCUCACUUUAAGAUAAUAGGAACGGGACAGUGAAGCACUCAGUGUUUCUUUCCUUUCUCUGUACUGUGUGUGUGUGUGUGUGUGUGGUGUGUGUGGGGGGUGGGUGGGGGGCACAUUUUUGCUCAACAGCAGUAAUAAUGGUCCAGCUAUGUUCGCCUGUCUUUCUGUCUCGUAUUUUCCUGUUCGGCUGCUGUCUUCAGGAGGAUGGGCCUCGUGUGUGUGUGUGUGUGUGUGCGUGUGUGUUAACGCUCUGCAUCAGGACGUCGUCAGUGAAGCGAAGCAAUAACUGGGAGGGUCCAUGUCCGAGAUGUUGACGGCUGUUUCAGCAUUAAUCACAUUCCCCCCCCCCCACCCUGUCACUUUCUGACCCUUAAUAUCUUCCCAUCCCUCUAAGGGAAUAUAUAACUACAUGUACUUAUUAAACGACUAAGACUAUUAUUUUAUUAUUAUUUACCUCUUAAAUGGCUAGCUACGAAAUGUGAUCUUAUUGUCUUUUUUUGAUUUGAUUUGAACUUUUUUUAUGCUUCGUUUUUAAAUGCGAUCUGCGCUUCAUUUCUCAGUAAAGGGAGAUACAGCAUAAGUACUUUUUAAACUGUUUAGCAUAAUUUUCAUAAAGCUGAAGUCCUGGUGCUGGAGAGAGGAGGGUGUCGGGGCACAAAAGGAGCAGUCUUCUCUUGGGGGUUAGAGGACACUAAAUUUCUUUCCGAAGGGGGUGUUUCCGGAUCGGCGGACAUUAGGGUUCUGUCUGGUAUUGAGUAGGUGAUUGUCGAUGUCUGGAAAUGUAAACUCCCCCCCCCCAACCUUUGGGAUUUGCCUAUAUCAGAAGGCCGGUGUGACUGGCCACUUGGUGGGAGGGGGGCCGGGCUUCGUGGGUACAAGAACAAGUGCAAUGUGUGUUGACCGCGGGAAUGAAAGCACUUCUGUUCAGAGAGCGAUGUGUGUCGGUUCCCCAGCGAUCAAUAAAAUGUGAUUGAUAUCCAGCCUCAAA